AUGUCUGCCUCCAAGCUAAAUAAAGUAUAUCUUCAAAUCUUGGGUAACGGUAGCAAAGAUGCUCCUGCUUCUUUCCUACUCUUUACGGAAAAUCAAAGGUAUCUAUUUAAUUGCGGUGCAGGUAUACAAAGAAUAAUCAAUCGAAAUCGGAUUAAGAUCCAUCCGUUAAAGCUAAGAAAUAUUUUUAUGACUCGUGCUGAUUUCAAUGCGGUUGGCGGCUUACCAGGCCUCGCGCUUACCAUUAAUGAAGAAGAUGAUAUUAAAACCCCGAUCAAUUUAUGGGGACCGCCCAGUCUCUCAGUGAAUGUUCCAGUAACCUGGACUUUCAAUCUUGCACUCUUAGGGCAUUUAACAUUUACUAAUGAUACACCCUAUUUUCAAGAUGAAAACAUCAAGUUAUGGCCUGUUGUUAUUGAUGAUGUGGGCUCAUCACUUUAUGAGACUUCCGAAGAUUCCGAGGCAUCAAUGAAUAAAAAUAAAAAAAUGAAAGUUUCCGAAGAAAGAUUUCCUACAUCUCAUGUUUAUAAUUAUCAAAAUCCUCAGCAACCUACCAUUAUUAGCUACAUCUGUCAGCUUUCACAAUUACCAGGAAAAUUUUUGAACGAUAAAGCUGAAGCAUUAGGUGUACCUAACAACAAAUUGAGAAAAUCGCUGAUAAUGGGACAAACUAUUACUCUCCGGAAUGGCACUGUGGUAAGGCCAGAAGACUGUGUAGGCCCACAAGAGCCAGGAAUGGUAUUUAUGAUCAUUCAUUGCCCAACUCUGGAUCAUAUCCCUCAACUGGUUGGUUGUAAUCGUUUUGAAAGGUAUAACUAA